CCUCCGCUGGCUCGCCGCCUCUGUCUGGUGUCGGGCGCUUUGUAAGCGACAUGGAUGGCGGGGAGGGGCAGGUGAUGUUGCCGCCGAGCCCUCUGGAGGGGCCUCGGUUGGAGAAGGAGGAGGAGGCAGCGGCGGAGAAGCAGGAAGAGCCGAGCGUGGAGCCCCAGCCGGCUGCCGAAUAUUGCUCGGUGAUGGAGGCGCUGACUUGGAAGAGGCCGUUCUGCACCCUGGCCAGCUUCCUCUGCGCCAACCUGCUCUUCUGGUUCCUAGCACUAACUCCUUGGAAAUUUUACCACCUGGUUUCACUCAUACUUCUUGGAAUAGUCUUUAUACAGAUGAUGAAGGAAUUAGUGUUGUCUAGACUAAAAGGUGGGCAGUUAUGGCGACGUCUCACUGACUACUACAAAGUCAGUGAGUCCGAAUCCGAAAAUCGCCUUAGACUGAACCAAUGUAUAGAAGAAGCAAUGACGAGUUUCUUCUUGUUCCUCCAAGAAAUGUCUCAUUUUAAAGAACAGAACCCUGGCAAGUUUUGCCUUCUGGUCUGCAGCAUAUGCACAUUCUUCACAGUCUUGGGAAGUUACAUUCCUGGAAUUGUACUCUCCUAUCUUCUGUUAUUAUGUGCCUUUUUAUGUCCAUUCUUCAAAUGCAAUGAAUUUGGACAAAAGAUAUAUAGCCACAUGAAGUCAUAUCUGCUGAAACUGAACUUUGGAAUACAAGACUUCAUCAACCAAAAGUUAAAAGAGAGAGCAGAAAUGAUCAAAACAAAACCAAAUGAGGAUGACAGUGAAUUAGACUUAUCAGCUUUAUGUCCUAAGGUUAGUUCAGCCACUGCAGCCAAGGAGAUGUCUGUAUCAGACACUGAUAUCUCAGAGAUAUCUUGGACCGACAAUGGAACUUUUAAUUUAUCUGAGGGAAACACUCCACAGACAGACACAUCUGAUGUAGAUUUUGAUCGGCCAAGUGACCAUGAGGAAGCUUUUGCAAAGGAUCUUGAAGAAUUUCCCUCUGUAGAAAAUGGUGCUGGAACAAAUGAUGAUGAUGAUUCAAGCAUUGGCUUGCCAGUGCGGCAUAAAAGAAAAAAAGCUCAUCCCCCAACCCCAUUGGACCAGUAUUACAAGCAGGAUAAGGAGGGGCACUCUGCAGCAGGCCUUUCCUUGUCUUUGAUCAAUGACCAGGCCUUCAGCUUGGUGACAGCAAUUGCUGGCGAUGUUGUUACAUCAGUGGUAUCAGCAGCUGUCAGAGAACAGUUGCAAUCUGUGCAGGAAGUCCCAAGUAUAAGUGAAGAGGCAGAUGCAGAAGAAGGAGAUGAUUUUGAACUGCUUGACCAGUCAGAGCUUGAACACAUGGAAAGUGAACUGGUGCCUACCAAAAGCCCAAAGGCAGAGCCACAGGAAAAGAAGUCUUCGGGCUUCCUCUCAAAUCUGCUUGGUGGGCAUUAAUGUGGAAAGAGAAGCUGCUUAAUAGUAUAUUGACAUAAAUACAGACAAUGUGAAAUGCAAGGAGAGAAAAUAUGAGCUGUAAGCUUUAACUAUUAUUCUAGAUGUGCUGUAACAUUCUUCACGCAGAGUGAACUAACGUGUUUUAGAUCAAUUGAUGCUGGUAGCUUUGUUUCUGAUAGUGAUGCCACAGAAAUGAAAUCAUGUUAUUUUCAUUCACAGCAAUUUAAGAGGCUUCUUAUACAAAUGUAGCUCAGUUUUGGCUGUUGCCAAAUCUUUGUCACUUUCAGCCUGUUUUUUGUUUUUUUCCCCAAGCAUUUUGGCAGCAAUAUUUCAGGGAGAGAAAAUAUCUGCAAAAUUCAAAAAGCUAUUAUAUCCUACAAAUGCCUCCUAUGUAGCAGAAUACUCAAACCUUAAAAAGACUGAACACUUUUGCUGCUAUCAUCUCCAACGUACAUCUCUAAGUCACACAUUCUCUAAUUGGAUAGUAAUUUUUUGUAUUACCUGUCUGAAUCUCAGUUAUUCAUAUGGGUUAGCUAGAGAAGGCAGUGUCUUUUCAAACUUAUUCAAGUUUCUUAUUAAGAAUUCAAACAUAUUCUUAAAAGGCCUUGAAGUUAGGCAAAAUAUCUAUAUCCCAGGUACCAUAACUCACUUUGUACAACUACCUGUAGCACAUGUAUCUGCUGUGUGGAAUUGAAUUUAGGUUGAGUAGGAACUGAUUAG